CUGUGCCUUUGUUUUGUGUUGAAUUUUUUUUUGUGUUUUUAGUUAUCGUGUUUUUUUAUAACUAUAAUUAGACCGUUUGUACAAUAUUCUCAAACAUUAGUUUGAAUGAAUUAGAGCAAGAAGAAAAUCUAAACGAAAAGCCUCGAAUCUGGUCACGCAUACUAAACUAUUUCGCACCUGCUCUGCAGGUUCCCACUCUCGUGAUGGCUCACUACAUCGAACAAGAAGAUUACACAUCGACGGAGGAGAGCGGCGCAGAGGAUAGCGACGAGGAUAUCAUCACCGAUUACCUGUCGCCUCUGGACGACAACGGCAAUUUGGAUGCAGCAGUUUCUGCAACGAGGAUAUUAUCCCCUGGCGCCGCAUCAGCCGCCACUGGCGCAACAAUUUCCAGCCGCUUUUUCGACAGCGACGACACAACAGAUUCGCCAGCUGUGAGAAUCUCAGCCGAGAUGGAAGCAGCCGGAGCUGCUGCUGCCGCUGCUGUUGCUGCUGGUUGCGAUGGCACAACAACGCGGACGUCGUCAGACGACCCGACGAUUAGCGCCAAUAAUUACGCAACCACCGCUGAAUCUAUUCCCAUCAUCAGCGUCACGCAGCAUUCACCAGCCGCUUCCAAAGCCUUCUUCAUUUUAGAGGAUAACCUUCGGCAGUUGCAUGGCAUCCAGGAGAGCAUCCAGCGGAUGAGACAAGUCAGCGUGCAGACACUACGACUGCAGUCGCAGGUGGGUCGGAGACUUCGCUACGGAGUUGGCGCUAGCUGCAACUGGAGUUUGUCUUGCCCGUCGCUGUGCAGCGGAAGUGGCCAAGUUUCGUCUUCUUCUGCCUUGGCUGGCAGCGGAAAUGGCAACAACAACGAGGCAGAUUGGCUGGCGGCGACACUGGCCGACUGGGACUCGCCCACUCCGCCCGGAAUCGUCCCUCAUUUAUGGGGAGGAGAUAGAGGAGGCGCUGCGAGUCAUAAGGCCGGGAUGGCCAACGGAUCGAAGCGACGUCGCAGUUGGGCUAGCCCGUGGGAAGUGGACGAGAUGGGGUUGGCCUCAGCCGGAGGCACAUGUGGCAUCACUUAUGAAGAGGGGGCUGCAAUUCUGGAAGGUGGCGGCGGUGGCAGCGGACGGACGAGGAGCAUCAGUUUGAGUAGUGGCGACACGGAUAACGAGCAAGAAGGGGGUCAUUCGUCAAGAGCCCGGCAGGCCGGCAUUGCCACAUCGUCGACGGCCUUAUCCUCGAGCGAACUCAAAGUCCUGGCCGGUCGCCACUCGACCCAUUCCCUCAACGACAUGGGAUUCCCCUUGAUUCCGGCAUUGCCGACGAAACAGCGAGGCAUGUCCAAGGAUGGGGACAGCAGAGAUGGCGAUCCUACCAAAUGGCUAUCGCCUCGAAUAAUGACGCUCCAAAAAUCCAUCUCCACGCCGUCGAUCCUGGCCGUCAAGGACGGCUCUAAUCUCUCAACUUUGACCUUGUCCAGCGUCAAAAAUUCAAUGUCAUCAUCGUCGGCGAGCGCCGGAUCUGCAAGUGGAUCCAUCGCGGCCGCCAUGGGCAGCGCAUCCGUCACGGCCGGCACGGCAGCCAAGGAGGCGCAGGCCAUUCUCAUGACGACCACAUCAGCCGGACCAACUUCUUCCACGUUUCCCCGUAUCUCGUCAUACGCCGGUUUGGAGAGUGAAACCGAUGACGAUUCGGAAUUGCAUUUGAACCACCACCACCACCACCUCAGUCACGAUCACGUCUCGUCCCGUUAUUCACUUGGCAGUUUCGUCGCCGAGCCGGGAUUCGAGAAUGACGACGACGCCAACUCAUCAAAGCGACGGAAGCGCGGCAGCAUCUUUUUCCGCAAACGCAAGGACAAGGAAAAGGACAAGAGCAAAUUGAAACAGCCGCACCAGUUUGUGCCCGUUUGCCAUUCGAAUUCGCAACCGUGCGACGUGUGUUCCAAAUCGCUGACCAACAAGGCCGCCCUGCGUUGCGAAAGUUGCGCCAUUACGGUGCACGAGAACUCGUGCCGCGAUCAGGUCAACGAUUGCACGCGCUUCAAAGUGCCCAAGAGCAUCCCGCUGGGAUCGAAAGUGUCCUCGCUGGCCAACCUGACGGGCACGGGCCACGCCAAACUGCAGUCGUCGCAUUCCUCGGUCGGCGUAGGUGCACCAGCAGCAGCAGCGGGACCCUUGACGGCCUUCAAUUCCAACUCGUCCAGCACGUCGUCGUCGUCGUUGUAUUAUUCGGCCUCUUCCUCCUCAUCGGCGGCCACGUCCGCCGCCCUUUCCGGCAGCAAUCACCACGUCGCCUCCGGAAACAACAACAACAGCGGCGGAGGCGGUGGUGGUGGUGGUGGCGGUGGCAGCACUUGGUCGGUUGCCUCCACCCUGCCGUCCUCGUCUUCCUCCACGGCCGCCGCGUCCAGCACGCCCGCCUCCUCCUCCCAGACGCCCUGCACGCCCAUCGCCAGUCCUCUGUUUGGCAACAGCGCCGUUAGCAAGCUUAGCGGCUUGUCGCAACGGUCGCAAUGGAAACGCGUCGCCGCUAAAUUGGGCGUCAACAAAUGCGGCGCUGGCGCCGAUAAGGAUUCCAACGAUCCAUCCAAUACUCUGAACGAGGAUCAGUCCAGUCAUCCAACCAACGAUGGAGAUGGACACGACACAAUUGAAGGAGUUUUCAAUGCGUCCGAUAUUAAAGAUUUGGAUCUGGACCCUGAGCUCGGCAUCCUGGACGAAGAGGCCGAGGCUUGGGUCGGCACCGUCGACAAGAAAAUAUCCAAGAAAUUAAAGGAGAAGGAAAUCAAAAGACAGGAGCACAUUUACGAGUUCAUCAUCACGGAAAAACAUCACUGCCUCACACUCAAAGUCAUGCAAAAGAUUUUCGCCGAAGGGAUGCGCCGAGAAAUGCGGUUCACCUCGGAAACGGUGGACAGGAUCUUCCCCUGCCUGGAGGAGUUGAUUGAAUAUCACCUGCAGUUCUUGCGGCGGUUGCGGCAGCGCCAGCGCCAAGAGUCGAUCGUGUCCACCAUCGAAGACAUUCUGCGCAUUCAGUUCUCGGGCGUGCUGGGCGACCAGCUGCGCUCGCUCUACGGCGAGUUCUGCAGCCGCCAUCAGGAGGCCGUUUCCAUGUACAAAGAAAUGAUCAAGGAGGAUCGCAAAUUCGCCGCUUUCGCCCGCCAGUGCACCAUGAACCCGCUGUGCAAGAAGAAAGGCAUCCCCGAGUGCAUCCUCUUUGUGACGCAGCGCAUCACCAAAUACCCGCUCUUAAUCGAUCCGCUCAUCAAAACGUCGAGAGACCAGCCGGACGAGUGUCUCAAACUGCAGCAGGUCCUCGGAUUCGUCAAGGAUAUUCUCAUCGGAGUCAAUGCCCAAGUGGCGGAAAAGGAGCGGAAGCUGCGGCUGAUUGAGGUGUACAACAAGAUCGACGCCAAAUCGGCCACCACUUAUAAGAAUAAGAAAUUCAAAAAAUCGGAUCUCUUGUCCAGCAACAGACGUCUAAUGUUCGAAGGUGUGGCUUAUCUGAAUCACGCCAGAGGAAAAGUUCAGCUGGUGACGGUUGUUGUUCUGUCCGACGUCGUCUUCUUCUUGCAAGAAUCCAACCAAAAGUUCCAUUUCGUCACUCAAGACAACAAAGCAGGAGUCAUUUCGUUGCAAAAACUUUUGGUCCGCGAGAAGGCGGGCGGGCAAGACACUCGCAGCAUCUACCUGAUCAGUUCCAACCCAGACGAGCCGGAGAUGUACGAACUGCAGUGCCAGAAUCCCCGCGAAAAGCGCAUCUGGAUCGAUACCAUCCGAGCUGCCGUGGAACAGUGCCCCGAAGAUGAGGAAGGAAACGUCAGCGAAGGGGAGGAACAGCGCAAGAUACGCGAAGCUCAAGACAUCAAAACUCGCCAGCUGAUUGCAACGCUGAGAGAAAAGGAUCGCCAAUUGGCCAGUUUGCUCGAAGAGAAGAUGGCCACCUUCUGCGAGCUGGUCGAACUGCUGGCCAACAACGAGGACAGCACCAGCUCUUGGCUGUUGCUCGGAUCGGACAGCGCCCCGCCCAAGUACAGCCACCUCGUGGAGCAGGGAUUUCAAUCGGUUCAGGCCAAGGAGACCCUGUCGCAAGCCAUGACGGAGCUGUGCCGUCUGAUGGGUUUGCUGCUGUCCAGCAACGUGGCCGCCAACUGGAACUUGUCGCGCAGCGUCAGCUCGGUCGGCGAGCGGCACAGCGAUACGUUUUCGAUGCCUUUGCUUCCGAAGCGAGCCGAGACGUUUGGCGGAUUCGAUCAGAACGGCAAAGAAAAGGGAUGCGUCAAAAAGAAGUCGGCCACUGAUUUGACGGCCGUAGAGAUGGGCAGUGAACAGCAGCAGCAGCAGCAGCAGCAAUUGGCGUCGUGGUCUUCGCACAUUCCGCCCGUUCUUCAGUUGAAUGGAGAACAACAGGCCGUGGGACUGGAAUUAGUGCACAAUGUCAGCACGUUGUUGUGUCUCCUGUCCAGUCAGGCGACGGCCUUCGAGUCGCUGCGUUCCGAUUUCUUGGCCGAAAUUAAGGCCAGUCGCAGCGGCACGGCGUUAUCUUCCGCCCCCUUCGGUUCCGGGCCUGCCACCCUGGCCAAAUUCCAGCACAAGGCCAGUCACAAUCAACGGCUGGAAGAGUUGCGGAACCUCCAGGAUCGGCUGUCCAAGGAGAAGGCGGAAUGGUCUCGUGAACGAGCUAUGCAAGAGGAGCACCUCAGUGAGCAGCGCAAACAGUUGCUGAAGCUGCAGGAGCAGGUCAGGAUCGAAAACACGGACAUCCAGCAGCAGAGGGAGAACCUCUAUCAGAAGCUGGAAGCUCUGCGCGGCCAGGGCAUUUUGCUCAGCCCCAACAUGACGAUCGUUUCGACAGCCCCGAUGGCGUCGGCCGUCAGUCCAACAUCGGCAGAAGAGACGGAUGUGACGAGCGCCUCUUCCCCACCGCCCCCUGCCGCACCUGCCAACGCCACGUCGCUCCUUCCUUCGCCGACGCCCUCCUCCGUCGAUUUGGGCAGACGGAAGACGAUUUCAGGGGGAUCAAACACAGCCGGAAUGGGUUCGGCUAGCAGCGCUGGACUCCACAAACGAGAAAGUUGCAGCAAUUUGCCUUUGCCCAUGAAUUUGAUCAGUGCCAAAAACGAGCAAAAGGCGGUCGUGGCGCUGGCCAACACGUUGCCCAUCAAACAACAACUGCCGAUGAAAUUGGCCAAACUAGGAGCCGCCAUGGCAUCGGCUGGCCAUGCAAGUGGGACGGCCGGUAGCGCCAACAAUGGCAGCACGUCCAACCACAGCCCGCACGCGAACGCGGCAUCACCUAGUGGCGCAAGUCUGGUCCAGCAGCUGUUGCCUCUACGUCUGUCUGAAAGUUUGGAGCACAAACGGGCCGCAUCCAAAAUUCCGUCAACCGAUCCUUUCAAACCGAAACUCAGUUCGAGCAGCUUCAGCCCACCGGCCAGCAAAAGCGAAGACUUUGUGGCCGGACACAGUCGCACCGGCAGCAGUCCGGCCUCGAUCCAAAUGCUGAGCCCCAGACACCACCACUACCAUCACUGCACGUCGACUACUACUGCCCCUAGCGGCGUUGCCACUGGAAGCGCAGGAGCAAAUAUGAAUCCACCUAAAAUACCCGACAAACCCGCGUCCCUUUUACUGCAGCAAGCGGCGCGAGGAUCGCCUCAGUUACCUCCCCCCCCGCACGGCCAUCACCACCAAGUGCAACCUCCUCCCAAAGUCCACGAUCCCGAAACGAAUCAAGAAAUCGUUUUCCUCUAAGGGAAACAAAACAAAACACCCGCGAAACAAAACCCGACACACACACACACACACACACACACACAAAAAGCGGCUGGGAUUUGUUUCUUAUUUAACCCUUGGCCUCGUCUCAUUUAGUGAUUUCACUCCAUUUUUUAAAUAUUAUUAUUUAAGUUUGUGACCCGGUUUCGAGGGUCACAGUUUUACUUAAGAUCUGGCAUCGUAGGAGAAGGAAUCUGGCGACGCAGUUCAAUGACGUGAUGCAAAUGGAGAAUGAAUCAUCAUGUUUUCUUGUAUCGAAGUUCUUUGCCCAAUUGUUGAGCGUAAAAAGCGAGCAGAACACGCGAAACAACUGCCAAAACGUUUUUCACUGGACGUUUUGGUGCGUGAAGACGACGUCGACAAUUGCUAUCCUUUUAUUUUUCCACAACCAAUGACGACCUUAUUUUCUGUUUUCGAAUGUGUAUUUACGUUUGUUUUUUUUUCCAGUAGGAGAGUAGAAUGGAAAAGCUCUAUUUAAACAAAACAAAAUGCAAAACAGUAAGUUUCGACAGUUUCCCUGGGCCUGGGUCGCUUCUGGGUCGGACGACGCCUAUCAUUCCACACCGCAUGAUUGUCUGGUAGCUAAAAGGACGUGGCGUAAUUUGGAUUUUUAUGUCAUUCAGCGGACAGCGUCGCAGAGUGUAAACAAAAAACAAUUCCUUUCUGUGAGUCCCCGUGUUUGUUUGUUUUUCAGACGAUCGUCCACCUUGCCGUCUCGUGAGGAGGUCUGUCGUGUAAGCGUGAAUCGUGGAAUUUUCCACAAAUUGUUUGCGUAAUAAAAUCAUUUUUUGGGUAUUUUCUUCCUUUAGCUCCUCCCCCCUCUUUGUGUUUUAAUGUCGCAGCGAGACAAAUCAACGUGUCAACAAUAUUCUAUGCACCGUAAAAACAAUAAACAUUACAGAGAUGUGUUGUAGUUUGAUGAUGUAUGUCUUUCCCGCUGUACGAAAUGUGUUAGCUACGCCCCAGCCACCAACUCCAACCGUAAUCUUUGACCCGUCUCUUUUCCAAAAUGUUCAACAAAAAUGGCGUUUUCCUCGACCUUUAUCUGUACAUAGGAAAGACACAGCAACCUUUUAAUCUCCUCCUCUAUCUACCAACGAUGAGGCACCAAUACUGUUGUGUGAAGUAAUACAAAAAUACAUUGACCAAAACGAA